CUUAUUACAGCAUUUAACAGUCCAGUCUCAUCCCUUCACUAAAUCUGGACUGUCUCACCCACCUAGUACAAGGUGGACUAAUCUCACCUUCCCACAGGGAGGAGGAGGAAGAGGAGAAAGGAGGAAGGAGGGGGCUUCGGCGCAGUGAUGAUGGUGAAGUCAAUAAAUAAGGAAAGCAGAGGCGAUCCAAGGCAGGGGAUGUUCCGCAUUUCAGGUCCCAACAUGUGUUUGUGUGUACAGUCUGUGCUUUACAGUGGUGGUCCUGUAGAGAGCGGUAGAUAGUUUUAAUAAGUGGUUACCCAGCCAGGCCGAGCUCCUAACUGUACAGUACAUCAGCGGAGGGAGGAGCGACCGUGUAGUAUUUCUUUUUUGCUUCUUUCCCUCCUGUCGUUGCAGUCCAUCCAAACGCUACUGGAAGGCAACAAAAAAAGGGGGAAACAAACUACUCGUUUCCACGCGAAAAGCUUUGCAGGAAGGAGGACGAGGCAGCCGUGUGUGUGUGGGGAGGGAGAUCAUUUUGGCAGUACGAGGCGCAGCAGCAGCUUAGUGGAGGACUGGGCUUCGGAGCGAGGGGGGACGUGUAGCCACUCAGCGCUGCCGCUACACUUGUGCACAAACCGGAGGAGCCCUGCUGACUUUCUCCCGCUUCAUUUCCGCCCAGUGCCCUAAUAUCCAACCCGAACUGGUGUCCAGACCGCGUGGGGGUAACCGACGAGUUCCCUGAGAGCUACGUGGGGAUGAAAGCUGGGAUGAAAUGUAAAGAAACAGUGCUGAAGUGAAGACAACUGACCACAAAGGGCGGAGACAAGGCGGACCACACAACGCAGGAGGCCUGAGGAAAUCAUUAACUGCACACAAACACAUACAAUAUGACUGAUUGGAUCCCACUCCACCCUCCUCAUCCCUGAGAUUGACGUCCACCUCCAGCCCCGGCCCCAGGGCCUGCCCUCCAACAUUUUCCAUAUUUCACAUUUUCACACCGAGCCACGCCGCACCGACCUCACCUCAACUCCCUCUGGAGACCCUCCCCGACCAUCCUCCCACAUACCCCCAGGGACGGGACCCCGUCAUGUUUCACUGACCGACCCCUCCUAACCGGCGAAUGACAAGUGUGCAUCCGAGGGUGGGGCUUGCCUCAGUCUCUCAUGAUUGGCUGCUGGAUGGAAUUAAGGUGAAUGGAACACGCGCCCAAGGAGCAGGACCCUAACCCAUCAGAGGGAGAAGAGAAACGGUGGCUCAAUGGCCCGAAAAGGAAGAGGAAGAACAGCCAAUGUUCGUUGAAGAGUAUGACUGCUCGUUGUCUGAGUGACAGCUCCAAAUCCCCCGAGCUGAAAGAGGCGAAUAAAGAAGGGUACAUCCCCAGCUACCUCGAAAAGGAUGAGCCAUGUGUGGUGUGUGGCGACAAGGCCACAGGUUACCACUACCGCUGCAUUACCUGCGAGGGCUGCAAGGGUUUCUUCCGUAGGACCAUUCAAAAGAACCUCCACCCCAGCUACUCCUGUAAGUACGAUGGCUGCUGCAUCAUCGACAAGAUCACCCGCAACCAGUGUCAGCUCUGCCGCUUCAAGAAGUGCAUCGCGGUGGGCAUGGCCAUGGACUUGGUGCUGGAUGACUCAAAGCGGGUGGCUAAACGGCGUCUGAUUGAAGAGAACAGGGAGCGGCGCAAGAAGGAGGAAAUGGUGAAAUCCCUCCAGAACCGUCCAGAGCCCACCGACAGCGAGUGGGAGGUGAUUCACCUGGUGACGGAGGCCCACCGACACACCAAUGCUCAGGGCGCACAGUGGAAACAGAAGCGUAAAUUCCUGCCAGAAAAAAUCGGCCAGUCCCCGGUUGCCCCGACGUCAGACGGAGACAAGGUGGACCUGGAGGCCUUCAGCGAGUUCACCAAGAUCAUCACUCCUGCCAUCACCCGUGUGGUCGACUUUGCCAAAAAACUGCCCAUGUUCUCUGAGCUACCUUGUGAAGACCAGAUCAUCCUGUUGAAGGGCUGCUGCAUGGAGAUCAUGUCGCUGCGAGCUGCCAUGCGCUACGACCCAGAAAGUGAGACGCUGACGCUGGGAGGGGAGAUGGCCGUGAAGCGUGAGCAGCUGAAGAACGGCGGGCUGGGCGUGGUGUCGGACGCCAUCUUCGACCUGGGCAAGAGCCUGGCGCAGUUUAACCUGGACGACACGGAGGUGGCGCUGUUGCAGGCCGUGCUGCUCAUGAGCUCAGAUCGUUCUGGCCUGACCUGCAUGGAGAAGAUCGAGAAGUGCCAGGAGACCUACCUGCUGGCGUUCGAGCACUACAUCAACUACCGCAAGCACAACAUUCCUCACUUCUGGCCGAAGCUCCUGAUGAAGGUGACGGACCUGCGGAUGAUCGGGGCGUGCCACGCCAGCCGCUUCCUUCACAUGAAGGUGGAGUGUCCCAACGAACUCUUCCCCCCGCUCUUCCUGGAGGUCUUCGAGGACCAGGAGGUGUGAAAAACACAGUUGCCACCAAGCAAAGGGAAGAGGAAGUUGGGGCUAACUGGGAGAUGGGAAGGGCCAUCAUUUUUAUAGGGGAAGGAUGGAGGGAGAGUCCUCUCGUCAGGAAUCUGCAUUUCUCCAACAUCGCAUUUACAGUACGUGGUUUAAAAACUGGAACCAACAAUAACAGAAACAACACACCAGCAACAGGAGAGUCAAGCAAACAGAGGAUUUUGUUUUUUGAGCACCCUCUCCUCCACCUCUUUCUCCUCCUUUUACUUACCCCUGUUUUAAAAUCCGUGUGGGGGCCCUUCUGUCUGAGCAUGAUGUCUUAUCUAGUAAGAGUUGUAGCCAUUUGCCAAGACACGAACACCGACACACACAACGCGCACGCACGCACACACACACACACACACACACACACACAUAUACACACACACACAGACACACAGACACACACAGCCUGUUCCACCUCAGUUCUUCAGAGCAGCGCUCUUUGCAGGGGUCCGUUCCCCCUGUCUGGUUCUCUCUCUUUUUUUUUAAGCGGUCACAGAUUUACACACCUUUUGAAGCCCAUGUUUCCAGCUUCCCUGCUGGCCAGCACCUCUCAGUAUUAUUUCUGAAUAAGUGUUAAGGCAGUAAUUCAGAAAACAUGGACAUCAGUGUCACAUUAUAGCUCACGGUCAUGCAGGCACAACGCAAUCAGCAAAAACACUGCACAUUGAAAAUUUCAGCAGACGCCUUCAACCGUAACUUUGGUGUAUAAUGGCUGCAGUAAAGCAGAGCUACCAGACCUAGUCUUUUAUCAAUUCCUCAACUCAAUCUGAGCCGUUACAGCUGUUUUUGGAGCUUCUUCUUAGAUCCCAGUGAAACCGGUGCUAUAUUUAUAUAAGGCUAUUCCAGUUUUAUGAAAUUGUGUUGUCUACCUUUGAAAAAAAUGUGCAGACCAUGGCUCCAUAUCUACCUUCAGUUUUGUCAUUGGACCGGCUCCUGUGACAUACACACACACACACAUACACACACACACUGACACACACGCACACACAUAUAUGAGCAGACUUGCCUUGUCAUUGCCCGUGCUGCUUGUGCCAGCAGCCUGCCGUCGUAUUAAUGACAAUUAAGCCCUCCUCUCUCCAAGGAGUUACUGCAGUGAAAGAAAGAAAGAAAGAAAGAAAGAAGGGAGGGAGGGAGGGGAGGGAGGAGAUGAGAUAGAGCGAGGAAGCAAGAUUUAAUAGCUGGACUGUAGAGUCAGAGCCAGGGUCAAAAUUAAAUCUCCCACAUGCAGCCUCUAAGGAGGUUUUCAAUAGCAGCAACCACCAGCGAGACAGCAAAGCUCAUCUUACACACACACACAUACGCAAACACACACUCUCACAUAGACAUAAACACAAACAUGAAAACACACAACAUCACCUCAGAGUAACGUGAAUGCCUCAUUUUACUGUAUGCACUGCACAGCAGUGUCAAUAUACAGCCCUAACCUGCAGGGUUUGUACAGAGUCCUCUCCUCACGGACUCAACUCAGUGUGGCCCCUCCAGGCUUCCAUACACAUUUGCCUUUUUUUACCAUGGGCGUCACUGAGAGCAGGCAAAUGCCAAGAAGGCUACCAUUUACCUCAAAGUGGAUACACCCCCAGGCUGGGGCAGCAAUACUGCCCCCGUGGUGUCAGGCACUACCUCACCUCUGUGGACACGGGGCAGCUGCCCACAGCCUACACACACACACACACACACACACACACACACACACACACAUACACCAUUCAAGUUGGCGCACGUGUAGGUUAACACACACCUGUGCAUAAUAUUUACUUAGGUGCACACUUGGAAAGACAAAACACUCACGUCAUACACACACACAACACACACAUACACACACACACACCCUCAGUGCUAUCACUUGGUUGAAAUGAAAUACCAUUGAAGACAGGAGGGCCAGCCAUCCCCUCGGAGGGUUAAACCCACUCCAGGGAAUGGUACCCAUUACAUUCGGGUUAUCUCUUUUUGUUAUAUGGGACCAAGUGUCGUCUUUUGAAAUUUGGAUUUAUCUGUUUCUGUCAAAACAGAAACCGACUCACAGAAGCGGCGAAGGACAGUGUAGAUGUGCAGCCCAGCUGACACCCAUCCACGCGAGUAGCGAGAGGAUAGCUGACAGAGAGUACCUGAAAACCCCUCGGUGGCCACGCCCGUUGAAUUAGCAUGCAGAGAAAGGGCCGUUUCCGUCUGCAUCAUGGCGAUCUUCCGCAGUACGCUCAUGAUGGCUGUCAUUGGAUCUUGAUAAAUACUUUCACAGUAAUAAGCUUUCUUUCAUGCAUUGACGGUGCAUCAGACGUAAAAAAAAAGUAGAAUGUUCUCAACCGAAAUUAAGCUUCUCAAGAGGCGACUCUAAAGCUCUUUCAGUCUCGUGCACUUUACCAAUGCUCACCACUAUAACGGUAAUAUGUCACGGCAAACAUCCAUGGCAGGUAUCAUAGUGUGCUAGCCAAACAACCAUUCAAGAAUGUUGAUUUGAUUAAAAAAAGCCCGCUCUGUUCAUUCCAAUUCUGGGGCCAAGCCAAAUCUAACUGGGUUCACCACUCUUACGAGAAGAGAAUGAAAGAAAAGAGAGACUAAGAAAAUCUAUUUUAUAUUCAAUGCCAAGCAGUAGUUGAUACUGGGCACUUGUACAGGAUGGGUAGUCUGCACCCCUCAGAAGUACCUAAGCAGAGUAACAUGUGGCAGGGAUCAUGGGCAGUCGUCACGGAUGGCCAAGCCGCAGUGCUCCGACGUUGGAGCAAUGCUGAGAGGAGAGAGGAACUGGAACGCCACCUUUGGGCACAAUGGUGGAGUCUGGUCUGACUCCAAGAAGAACCCCCCUUUCAAAAGAUCAUCACCGCCGCUUUUCAGAGACCCAUCCCCUGCCCAGCCUUACCCCUACUCUAGCCCAUGACAAUGCCCUUUUCUCCGGAGCCUAGCUCAGACUAAAUUGCACCCCACCACCAUUAACACAGCCCCCACCCAGCCUGGCUGGUGGGAGUUUUUGCACUACUGCAGCGGUCCUCCUUUCAGCCCCUGACUCAUCAAAGUUUAACCAACACCUGUGGUUGGAUUACCCGUUAGUCUCCCUCACCAAAACUCAUCUCAAACGGGGUGAGUUUUGAUGGGGAGACUAAACUGGGGUGAGUUUUGGUGGGGCGGCUCCAAAGCAGCAGUUUUGGAGUUUAGGCUGCUCUGUGUAACAGAGGCUGGCAGUCGCAGUGGGCUCAGUCCCAAACCUGACCCGUUGUCAGUAUUAGACCAACAGCACAUGACCCUCACUUGUUAACCAACCUGACCAGGGAUGGAGAGAGAUCCCUGCGUAGGAGGGCUGUGUAGCACUUACUCAUUCUCCCUGUAGUACUCCAUUUUCCCAUCAUCCUCCCUCUAGAGUCAGCCCAGUGACAUUUCAAAUUCAGAGCCCUCCCUUCCAUCGUCAUCUUCUCUCCCCCUCUCCUCUUCCCUAAGCACCCUAGCUAUCGCACCCACUCGCCGCAGAGUGGGGAUGCCCCCAGUUUGGCCCAGAAUCAUUGACACCAAACGGGAUCCAGGCCUCUACCUUGUGAGACAAGGCUGGCCAUAACUGCCCUUUAGAGUGGCGCCACCGAAUGAAUGUGAACGGCAAAGCAGCAGCGACGGGAACGAGAGACUUGAGCGCGAGAUUGUGAGGAUGUGAGAGAAGAAGAAGAAAAAAGCGCGGGACAGGAAACAUAAAAAGCCGAGGGCCCCAACCCUCACUGCCAUCAUUGACGUGGGUGCAAGAGGGUGAUGUGGCAGGUUGUAGAGACGAUGUUAACAAACACUCGGAGGAAGGGGAGACGGCGGUGCAGGAAUACGUACAGUCUCCCCCUUCAGCUCCCACAACAACCGCAUAUGAGCCCCUGCUCCCAUGCCAGCUGACAACCCCAAAUGUCCCCCUCAGCUCCCUCCAGAAGGAUAACCUCCAACUCUCAUGCAGUGAGGAUCAGGAAGAGAUCCCUCACUCCGGAGAGGCAGGUUUGGAAUUCCAACACGUCUUUGUAAAAGAACUGAAAAAGAGAAAAAAAAAACCUAUCGAUGUCCUUUGUUCUCGUGAGCUGACUGGGUAUGUGUGUGUGACAGUAGGGGUUAUAAUGCUGCUUUACCUUCUGAGUCUGAUUUAGAUUAAGAAAAAAAAGAUAUAUGAAAUGAUUAUAAAUCCACAAAACAAAAAUUUAAAGAGAUGACUUUAAAAAAAGACUCCUGAACAAAAAUUAUUGGAGAUUUUUUCAUUUUAUCAUUGUUUUCUUAUUUUUCUGUUUGUUUUUUGACGCUUAAAACUGCUCUGUGUAAAAAAAAAGGAAAAAAAAACAGCUGUAGUCACUUUUUGACCAUGCGUGCAGUGUAACAUAGAAACUAUUUCACUUCUUUUUCACAUCUAUACUUUGUGUUGAUAAGCCAACUGAUCUGUUUGUCUGUGUAUCUGUCCAAGUUGUCCGUCCCCUUUUAUCAGGAGGAAUUUACAACCAACAAAACAGGAAUUUCUUUUUUUUUUAUAUAUAUAUAUAUAUAUAAAUAUAUUUUGUUUUUGUUUUUUUUUUUUUAUGAAAUACAACUUUGGAAAAAAAAAACACAAACAGGAAAAAUAAUGCAACAGAAACUGAAAAUACAAAAAAAAAAAAAUGAAACAAUCUUGUCAUACCUCACACAACACAAAACUCAAAGGAACUUGGGAGGAGUCAUAUUUUGCAGGCACAUGUGAAAGUUCAGAGAUGCAUAUAUAGAUUUAAAAAAGUGUAUAUGUUCAGAUAAUAUGUGCUUGUGUGUACGCAUCAGUAGAAGUUACAAAAGGACUCUUCCCUCAAGCUUUUGUGCUCUCUCUUAUUUGGUUGUGAGACGUUAGAGAUCAUCUGCUAAUGUGAGCAUUUCUCCAACUUAAAGGCACAGUCUAAAGACAGCAAACUUAAAAUGUGAAUGGCCCAGAGACUGAGGGAUUAUGACUUUUGUAAUGGCUGAGAGUUUUAUGGUAUUGAAUGUAGCUGACAGGAGGGGGCUGGACCUGAGCCCGGCACCCACAACCCAACUUCCACACACCAGCAGAAAAGAUAGUGGUGUCACACAGACGUUACAAAACAAAACAACAAAACUGAGAAUAUAUAUUGCCCGUCUGCAAGGUGCAAUACUAUGUUAUGUAUUUUUGUAUGUUUUCUGUUUUGAUUUUAUUUUCGUUUCAUUUACAUUUUAUUUUGGCCAUAACCAAGGAUGUAAAUACAAAAACAUACAACACUCAAGAUUUAUUGCAGCAAAUUUAACCUCUCCAUCCCGCUCUCAUGUAAGAGGAAAAACAAAAAAAAAAAGCAAAGUAAUGUGUAAUGCUUCAUACAUGUGUAUGUGUGCACUCUCUCACAUGUGCAUGCUGACCCAUAUUCAGAAGUGCCCUGUGACGUUAAUCAUGAACCCUGUGCCUCCUGUUGUUUGCAAAGAGAUAGAGUCGUACCCCUCAUAUUCUCACGACAUGACACGCUACACAUGAAUGCCUAGAGUUGUGUGUGUGUUCACAUAUGGAAUCAGUUCUUCCCAACUUGUUGAUGCGUGUGUUGCCAGCAGCCACAGUGGCGAAAGGUUAGCAGAGGCAGGGAGGUGGUUUUGUGGGAGUAAAGUGGGAGGUGGGAGGCAUGAGUAGAAUGUAAGCAAGGUAGUAUUUGGCGUGAAUGUCAGCUAACGUGGCUGCAACAGCACCCGCAUCAAAGUUGGGAAAGGCCAAAUGGAUUUGUCCGCCUCCCCAUCGUCCCCCAGAGGCCGGCCUAAAAACCUUGACAGCUCAGUUUUUGAUGCAUGGUAGACAUGAAACUGGACGAGGGGCCCCAUUUACACUUCAAGUGUCUUGUAUCUAGAAGAAAAGCUCCAGAUUUAAAGGGACAGUUCACCCAAAAAUCAAAAAUACAUAUUUUUCUUCUUACCUGUUAUGCUGUUUAUCUAGAUAGUUUUGGUGUGAGUUGCAUCUACACUACAAUGCACAGAGCCAACCGUAAACAGGCACAAGGCCAUGUGUCGCAAAUUGCAGUUAAAACCCCAAUUGAGAAGCAUAAUCCGCAAGUGCUGCACACAUGCUUAAAUAAUGUGAUUAAAACCUUAAUAAUCUCAGCAUAUCCCACAAGUCUUAAUCAGAAAAUUCCCUCUUUUUUUAUUUUUUUAUUUUUUAUUUUUUUGGAAUAUGGUAGGGCUGGGAUUUCCAUUCACACAGUCGUGACUUCAUUCGAUUUCCGAUUGGAUCCAAUUGGAGAUAUUUCAGUUACAAUACCAAUUUUUGCUGCAAUGCAAAAGAGAUUCUCAGAGAGCUAGUACUGUAAAUUUUACAAGGAAUUAAAUGUUCCCAGAGCAGCAGCAGUCAAGUUAAAACAGCAAAGUCACAAUAUAAACUUAAUAUCGGACUGGAAACAAAAUAAAGAUGUCAGUAAAAUAAAUGAUAUUCCUGACAUCACAAUACUGAGUCAAGUUUAGAAAGAAUAAACAACACAGACGUCAGUCAGUAUCUGUCCUCCUGCUCCUCCCUCUGCUGCUGAGGAGAGUCACCACCUGAGGUCACAUGACAUGUGACCUAACUGAGCUAAACUGUCAGGCGUAAAUAGUUGUUGCUUAUAGUAAAAGAUAAAAACCGGAAUUUAUGAAUCGUUAUGGGUCAUUCAAAUGAAGACCUUGUACAGACCUUGUGAGCAGCUUCAUGUAGGAACUGUUUUCUAUCUACCACCCUACACCGAGGGUAAAUGGUAUAUGACGGUAUUUGUGUGCGGUGUUAUCUAAAUACAACUCUCUAAAACCGUCUUGGUAAGUCUUGUUAAUCAUCUAGUUCCAACAGUCACCAACUCUGGUUUGGUUGAAAUGAUGCUUUAAUUCACUGAAGCAGAUGUGCGAUUUCUCUUUGGUGUUGCAAGCCGGCUGUUUACAGUCCUAUAGCAUUAUUCCCACUACUCGCAGUUGCCAUAUUUGUCAGCUCAGCUGCCUGUUGCACCAGUAGAGACUGACCUCUGGUGGCACAGGAUGUGCACUACAUACAAUACAUCCUAAGUACAGCGAGGUGAGCUGACGGUAUUGAAAAAUACAGACCAAGCCUAGCGCCAACCGUAUCACUGCGAAGAGAGGACGAGAGGCUUGUGCUCAUGACUGCGUGAGAUGUAAACAUUAAUGGCAUCCUCUUCGGCUGAGCUGUAACUUUAGCUAGCUCAGUGGUGCUAGGUGAGCUAACAGUAGAUGCACUCUUCCCUCUGCGCAGUGAUAUGGUUGGCGGGUGUAGUCCGGUUGAAAGAAAAUAGUUCCUACAUGAAACUGCUCACAACAAGGUCUGUGGAUUAUCUUGAGUAACCAGGUCAUGAUUUCUGGAAAGAGACAUUGAUGUUGAGUGUUUCAGUGUGUUUUUUGGCACUUUGAGCACCACAAGCUGAGUGCCAUCUAGUGGCAACACUCAGCAGCUCCCACCAAAAUAAUCUACACUCAUAAACAGCACUGCAGGUAAGAGGUAAAAUAUGUAUUUAUGAUUUUAAGGUGAACUGUCUCUUUAAGACGCUUUUAUUUACACUAAGCCUCUUACAUUUGCAUCUCUAUUGGCAGAAUCAUGUCUUUGUUUUUGCUGGCUACAUGCAAAUUAGAGAGAGUCCCACUCCAGUCAAGAGAGUGGUGGGAUUUACCUGAAGAUUUUUGGCAACACCCAAAAGCCACUACUUCCAUAGAGAUCUUACUGGCGUGGUUACACUUAGGAAGAGUGAAAAUUACGGAUGCAUUUACACCUUGUCAACAUCUGGCUAGAAUGCAUCUGAAACCGUCUUCUGAGAUUUGAGCAAUCGAAUUUCAAUCCAUGUUGAAUGCCUCUUGACUUUUUUGAGAUCCAGCUGCCAUCCAAUCAGCCUGAGACACAUGAAGUGAAGUGUAAAUGGAGUCUUAGAUGAUGACAGAUUGAACCAAAUACCAUAUUUGGUGCUCAGCUCUGACUGGUUAAAGCUGAAAGUAAUUUUGGUCUAUGAUUACACCCUUAGCUCAAGCAAAUUGCGCUUGGCAGACCACAACAAGCAAAGUGAAGGUUUCAAGGCUGGCUCUGCAGUGGCUUCCAAGCCCAUCCCUCCAUAGAUACUCUGAUCCUGGAUUAUUCUCACAUGUUGACACAUUGGACAAGGGUGGAGAUUGUCUGUGAUGUUUUUUGGUUUCAUGGUUGUGUUUGGUCCCCCCCUAUGCCAAAUGUAGAGUUUGUGAAGACAUGCAAGUAGCAAGAUGUCUAUGCAAUUUCCCUCCUGCUCCCUCCGAAAGAAAGACAAGCUCAACGUAACAACAACGAGCCAGUCUCGCUUGUGAAAUCAAAUUCGGCCUGGCUUGUAUUCCAGAGGUUCUUUGCGUGACCUAAAGAUCCUUGCUACUUUGUGUGGGCGAGGGUCAGGACUGCCUGGGUGAGCUGGCCUUCAGCCCAGCUCAAUGGCUGGUCCUCAGGGCCAGUAACUCUACACGGUAGUCCGGGUCUCAUUGAACAAGUAGGAGGGGUACUGGGGAUGUUGUGGAGAAUAAGGAUUCUACGAGAUGUGCUGUUUUUUUGUAAACUGCUCAGAAAGUGGUGUGUGUGUAUGUGUGUGUGUGUGUUGUUUGGAAGUUUGUCUACUUGACGCGAUGCUCUCAUCGUUCGGCGGGUCGAUCAUUAAGGCCUAGAAUUCCAAGAUUUAGACAAGCCCCCUGAAGGCAACCCCACUGCAAUAUAUGUGAAGCUUUAAUUUUUCUCUCCUGCGACUAACUUAAUGUAAUGUUAGAGUAUUCUGGGUGGUGGAUGUCUAUCAGUGGGAUGUAUGCAGCAUAAACAUGUUAACUCAACCCAUCACCUCUGACUGGACUUGUUUCAGAAUCACCUAUCUUCUAAAUAAAUUUACAUCAUCCCACUGAUAGGAACAUCUACAACCUGCUGACUAUCAGUUUAACGUGAGCACUUAACUAUAAAAUGCACUUUGAACGGCCCAAACCAAGCCACGAGGACGUGGACGAAUCUUUGGUAAUAUUUGUGAUGAAAUAGACAACAUAAAUUGCACCCAAGCCAAAUGCCUUUUGCACCAUUAAAUGUUUUUUUUAAAUUAGUUUAACCCCCGAAAACAAACAGCCUUUAGGCUAAGACACUUAAUGACUAAUUAUAAAGUUUACAAUUAUAGUGCAAUAAUAAGUGAGUGAGUGAACCUUUUGGCGUAUUUCUCGUCUCGGCCGAUCUUUUUUAUACAUUUGUGGGAAACUAAUCUCACAGUUGCUUUUAAAACGCGCACCCACCCGUGAGAGCAUCAGCUUAGACCCACUCCACACACACGCACACGCAUGCACACACACAAACACAGACCACUUUUUGUGACUGGGUAAAGGAAGCUAUUGAAGGAUUCUCUCAGGUAAAAGAACAUUUUCUAAUAAAUGAUGAUGAACCUUAGAUGAAAACCCAUUGUUAGCUCAUCUUUUUUUGUCCUCUGAAUUUAGUCAGCAAUGUGCCCUUAUUUUCUGUUUGGUGUUUGAUCCUUGACCAGAGUCCGAUUGAAAAGGUGUAAACGUCCAGGCUUCAAGGAUUUGGAUCCUGAGUCUACUUCAAAUACAAAGAGUUAUGCCCUCACUGCUUUCUUAGCCCCAAAAUGAAAACACAUUUCUUCACGUGUGGAGGUGGGAGAGUGUUGUGUCUGUCUGCUGGUUCUGUUUGUGAGUUCUGUUUGUUUUGGUUCAGUGCUGCGCUGUAUGGAAGCCCAUUCCCGCCAGGAAAAGAAAAGUCAGUGUUAUUUAUAUCACCAGAUAUCACAAAUUUUCCACAAGGGGCUUUAAAAUCUGUACAGCAUAUAAAACCAGCUGUCCGUAGACUCUCAAUUCAGAUAAGGGAAAAACAUUUACCAAUAAAAACAAAUGGAGGAAAGCUCAGGAAGAGCAGUCAAGGAGGGAACCCUCUCCCAGGACGGACAGAAAUAUUACAUCAUGGGUUAUCAGGGUGACAAAAUUAUAGAUAUAUUGUAAAAAUAUGGAUCAGGGACGACGUACAGCAACUUCCAGGUGCUGCCAAUCAGUCAGGACCUGAACCACAUGACCUCCUCUCCACCAUGGAGAUCUGGAAAGAGGACAGACUGCACAGACACCAAGAGACAAAGCUCAAGUAAACCAUUUACACAGACACAGGAAAGGAAACAAACAGAGAGAGAGACAAGGACGUCGUGCACACAAGACAGAGUCAAGAGAAGGGCUUAAUCUCCUGGAGGACGAAGAUGCAAAUCCAAACAUCUGGAAUGAUGCACCGGCAGCCAAGAGAGACAGAGAGUUCCAGGGACGUCCAGCACAGAGAAGCCUGAGUGAAAGAGAGGACAAGGAGAGAAACUAGAGAAAGAGGCACAUAGCUUGACGCUCCUGUGCUUGUGGGGCACAAACGAUCGGAGGGUUAGAGAUGCAAUGGUUCUUAAAAUGUCUACAGUACAGGACAAACACAGACUAUACAUCAAAUGUUGGUUACAUAUCCAGUUGGCUAAGAGAUUUGCUUCACUCACCAGCCAAAAAAUAAUAGCAAUCUAUUAAAUGGCCGGUGAAAUUUGAACAGUCACUUGCCGUUUGGCCGGUGGACGAAAGAGUUUUCAGCCGUAAAGACUGAGUAGCUAACAGCAGCUGCAUUUGAGUAAGUUUGGCUACAAGCGGAGAAAGCUAGGAUUUUGUUUAUUAUUAAUGAUUAAGUGGGAAAUAUUCUGCAUUAGCAGCAGACUGGCCGACUGAAUCCAGUAGACUGGAAAGUGCCAGACUGGGACAAUUGUCAACAGCUCCUGUCGCUGCAAUGGAAAGAGCCAGAACCACAGGAAAUCGCUCGCCAAGUGCAGUUAAGGUUGACAGACCAUUGUGGUGAGUGGUAAAUACAUCACCGACACCACAGCAACGGGUUGGUGUCGCUUUAGAUUUAAUAUGAAAGUGACCUGACACCAGGGAUGUGACAGAAGAGACAGUCAAAGCAGAAACCACAAGUCUAGAGCCAAUAAGGCUUCACUUUGAGGAUCUAAAGCUGCGUUUCAUUUACCUCAGAAGUCAUAACUUGGAAUGGCGUCACACCCGAGUUGACAGCGUUCCAGUACAACAAGUUGGAAAACCAAGAUGUUGUUAGCAAUACCAGUUCAAACCAGGUUAGCCAUUGUUAGCAAUACCAGUUGAUAACUGUAUUUUGCGCAUUUAUACACCAUAGCAACACGUCCACAGAUAGACGCUGGACAGUACGACUGUUUUAAUGAGACACAAAUAAGAUAGAGGUGCUAAUGAACAGUUUAUUACCGCAGCUUUCACGACUGUUGAUGCGCAGAGCAGCCAUUUUGGAUUUCUAGGACGGGGUUUAUGAGGUUCUUCCAACUUAGCAAGUCAGAAAUCCGACUUCAGGGGGCGUUCCUGUUGAAAUUCCUAAAUGGGAACUUCGAAAUUCUGACUUCAGUGUUAAUGGAACGCAGCAUAUUUAGGUAAAUAUUGAAAUCGCCAAUAAUUAAAAUCUGAUCAGAAUGAGUGACAAGUUCUGACCUAAGUUCUCCAUAUUCGUUUAAAAAUUUGGAAUAAGGUCCAGGUCAAGUUGGACUGAUCAGAGUCUGUUGCCUCGGACUGAUGGUAAACAGUGGAGAGCGAUGCUAAGAUCUGACGCUACUGGUAAUGGAGUCCCCUGUUACUAGCAUGAAGACUUUCAAACAAACGGGGCUAGCGAAAGUCAAAAACCUGUUUUCACUCGGGAGAGCUGAUUGCACACCGGACUACACAAUCAGCUUGCUUCUGCGAUCCCUCCAUGCUGCCAAACAAGGAUAAACUCUGUUUCAUCUGCAGACAAGGCUACGCUAAUGCUAAUUCACUAACCUGCUAUCAAGCCUGUGGCCGAAGCUCGUUGGAGCGCCCGUUACAUCUAAGGUAAUGUUAGCAUACCAGUUAACACAAACCACCGUAACACAGUUAGUGAGGUUGUGUUAGCUGUGGCUGACUAGAGGCUAACUUAGGCGAAACUAGGCUAAUGGGGAAAAAUGCAAAGAAUAAUAGCCAUAAAUGAAAAUAGGGGAACAAAAGGAAGUUGAAAUUUUGACUUAAUAUUCCACAAACUUAAUAGUAUUUAUUACUACCUUAAAUUUAUUAAUGCUAGCUCACAUUUUUUUGUUUAAAAAAUAAAAAAAAAUGGUGUAUCGCUAAAUCAGAAAUUUAAAUUUCAUAAUUUUGAUUUAGAAAGUCAAAUUUUUGACUUACAAUGUCAUAAUUUUGACUUGAUGUGUACAUUAGUUCAAUUCAAUUCAUUUAAUUGUUAGUAUGAUAAAAUCUUAAUUUAAAAAGUUUUGGGUUUUUUUUUAAUU